GCCACCGCAUCCGCUAGCCAGCUCACUAGCCCGCGCGCCACAGCGAGCCGGCACGAGACUGGUAGGCGGCUCGCUGUCGCCCGCCGCGCUAGGGGAAGAUAUCCCACCAGGCUGGGGGCAGAGCGCCCGCCUCCCUUCGGCGGCGACCAAUCGGGGCGCCGGGCCGGCUCGGCUGGGGCCGGCCGCGCGCGGGGCAUGUGAGGACGUGCUCCCUGUCGCUGAGUGCCAGAGCAGAGGAGCAGUUGCUGUGGUGCUUGCUGCUGCGGGUGCAGGCGCGGAUCAUCGGACGCGGGCGCGGUUACGUAGGGCGGGAAGGUGAAGCCAUGACUGCCAUCAGUGAAAAUAUUCUUUUUGGAAUGGGAAAUCCUCUUCUGGACAUCUCUGCUGUAGUGGACAAUGAUUUCCUUGAUAAGUAUUCUCUGAAACCAGAUGACCAAAUCUUGGCUGAGGAAAAACACAAGGAACUGUUUGAUGAACUUGUAAAAAAAUUUAAAGUUGAAUAUCAUGCUGGUGGCUCUACCCAGAAUUCAAUUAAAGUGGCCCAGUGGAUGAUUCAGCAACCACACAAAGCAGCAACAUUUUUUGGAUGCAUUGGAAUUGAUAAAUUUGGGGAGAUCCUGAAGCAAAAAGCUGCUGAAGCCCAUGUGGAUGCUUAUUACUAUGAGCAGAAUGAGCAGCCAACAGGAACCUGUGCUGCGUGCAUCACUGGUGACAACAGAUCCCUUGUAGCUAAUCUUGCUGCUGCCAAUUGUUAUAAAAAGGAAAAACAUCUUGAUCUGGAGAAAAACUGGAUGUUGGUAGAGAAAGCAAGAGUUUGUUAUAUAGCAGGCUUUUUUCUUACAGUUUCCCCAGAAUCAGUAUUAAAAGUGGCUCACCAUGCUUCUGAAAACAACAAAAUUUUCACUUUGAAUCUGUCUGCACCAUUUAUUAGCCAGUUCUACAAGGAACCAUUGAUGAAGGUUAUGCCUUAUGUUGACAUACUUUUUGGAAAUGAGACGGAAGCUGCCACUUUUGCUAGAGAGCAAGGCUUUGAGACUGAUGACAUUAAAGAGAUAGCCAGAAGGACACAAGCCCUGCCAAAGGUGAACCCGAAGAGGCAGCGGGUUGUAAUCUUCACCCAAGGGAAAGAUGAUACUGUAAUGGCUACAGAAAAGGAAGUCAGCGCUUUUGCUGUCUUGGUUAAAGACCAGAAAGAAAUCAUUGACACCAAUGGAGCUGGAGAUGCAUUUGUUGGAGGCUUUCUGUCUCAGCUGGUCUCGGAAAAGCCCCUACAUGACUGCAUCCGUGCUGGCCACUAUGCAGCAAGCGUCAUAAUUAAGCGAACUGGCUGCACCUUCCCUGAGAAGCCAGACUUCCACUGAUGGACAAGCCGGAAACCCAAGCCCAAGCGUACAGACACUGCCCUGAUUGCUUCCAUAUUAAUAAAGAAGAAAAUCAUCUGCCAUCUUUUCCUACUAUAAUAAUAUUCAUUCUUAAUUUAGAGGGUAUAGCAAUGUGCAGUAGAAUUUUUAUUCUCUCAAUAACCUUAAAAAAUGAUGCUUUUUUCCUCAUAGUUUGAUAGUGCCACUUAAAUGUCAUUAAACAAUUAUAUAACAUUUCAAUAGAAAUUUUGAUUUCAUUUUUAAUUACUUUGUAAAUUCCUGUGUAUUUAGCAAAUUGAUCAGCUUUUUUUUACAUUUCUGCUUUGAAUAAAGAUGCAGUUUAAUAAUAUAAUAGUCUUUUUAAAAGUAAUUAAUCCUAGUAUCAAACUUUGGCUUUUUAUACAAAUAUUUUAAUUUGGGAGUAUAUACAUAUGUGUGUGUAUAUUUAUAUGUGUGUACAUAUACAUACAACUGUACAUCUGUAUACCACAUAUAUACAUGAUAGAUGGUCAGAUAAGAUACAAAACUAUUUAUCUUGCCAAGCUAUGCCAAAUAAUCUCUUCAAUGUGCACUCAAACAUAUAAUAAAUUUUGGAUAAUUGAUUUGCCAAAUUUUAAGUUAUAUUACAAUAUAUAAAUCAUAACCUUAUAAUUUACGUAUGUUAUUCUGUAAUUUUGAUACAAAUAAAACAAUAAAAAUGUGUCAUAUAGACAUUCUUUCUGUUUUUGUCCUGUGCCUAAUGCUCAAUAAACUAAGAAAGAAAGAUAGUCAUUUAAUACUGGGCCCUGCAAUGAUUUCUAAUUUGCUGAUGGAGUAGGAUAGAAAACACAGUACACUGAAAAUAACUUCAUAGUAUUGGAGACCAAUAAGUCACCUAAUAUGUGUUUUAAGGAAGACAAAAUGGAGUAAUAGAAUCUCUGGAAUCAGACUUAACUAGCUUUAUAUGACUUUGGGCAAAUUAGCCUCUUUGGCCUCAAUUUCUGCAUCUUUAAAAUGAGACUAUGUACAAGGUCAUUGCCAUAACUGGAGAGAAAAAAAGAAGUAUAAAAUGCUUGGUACAAUGCCUGGCACAUAGGUGCUUAAUAAGGAGCAGCUGUUUUUAUCACUAUGGUUAGUGUUGUUGAAGAAGAAAAAAGUUAAUAUUCAGAAAACUGAAUUUGAGCCAUGGAAAGCGUUUGGUGUUU